CGGCUUUUUUUUUAAUCCCCUCUGUUACUUGAUCUCAUUUAUAUUCCAUACAACUUGCACCUUGAUACUUUUGUCCUACCAGAAAAUCAACUAUUGCGAAUAGGCAUCUUAUAUAAUUUUCAAUAUGUCUGAACAGCAUCAGUCCGGCGAUGAGUUGGACGAUUAUAAGGAGCAAGAUCGCUUCUUGCCCAUUGCCAAUGUUGCAAGGAUUAUGAAAAAAGCACUCCCUGACAAUGCCAAGAUUGCAAAGGAAGCCAAGGAGACUGUACAGGAAUGUGUUUCCGAGUUCAUUUCAUUUAUUACAAGCGAAGCGAGUGACAGGUGCCAGCUUGAGAAACGAAAGACAAUUAAUGGCGAGGAUAUUCUUUGGGCGAUGCAAUCGCUUGGUUUUGAAAACUAUGCUGAGGCUCUCAAGAUUUAUCUUGCCAAAUACAGAGAGGUACCCAGUGUCUAUAGAAACCUUACAAGGGCAUUGACUUAACUUUUUUUACGUUAUUUUUCUGUCAUUAAUAUGCUCUAUACGUUCGCUU